AGAGAGAGCACUAACAAAUAUGUUCACUAAGAGUGAAGCUCAUAAGAACAACAGUGCAUUAUGCGGCGCUGAAGUAAAUGCAAGCGACACUGACAACACACACAUACAACACAACAAAGCCGACAACCAGGAGUCUCCGUUGCACUCAAUGGAUGAGCAUUACGUCGGCGACAUUGCCAUGAUGAGCAUUGCCGAGGAAGUGGGACAGCAGAGGACAGCUCAGGCGCUGGACAAUACAAUCCGCAAUGGCGACGAGCUGGAAAUUGAUCGCCAAGAGGAGGAGCAGGCGAUUAACCAGCUGGUGCGCUCAUCCAGUGGCGGCUCCUUAAUGGAACCUCAUAACAGUGGCAGCAUGCGUGUUGUCCUUGGAGUCCUGGUGCGUCUGGUGCUGCCUUUGGCCAAUGGUGUCGCCCGCGGCAUUAAAGGCAUACGCGAUGUUCGCGUGCUUCGCGUGCUACAGAAUCUGACCUCUAGUCGCCAGGCGCUGACCAAUCUGGUGGCCUUCGCCGCCAACACCUUAUCGCUGAAUCUAUCUUCCGUACAAGUUUCCAAUCGUCUGGGGCCUUUGCUCAAUUUACUUAAAUUGCGCAAGUCCCAAGAUGGCUUGGAAAUUCUGCCCGAUACGCUGACCACCCGUAUACCGAUCACACCCAUACCGCCUAAUACGCCCACAACGCCCAGCACACCGUUGCAGGGGCCGCCUAUCUACAGUCUUCAGAGCUCUAGCUCCAGCUGCUGCACCCUCAACAUACUUGCCGCACCGGAACCGGGCACGCAGAUACGCGCCGACAUCGUGCUUGUGCAUGGCCUGCACGGCUCGCUGGUGAACACGUGGCGGCAGGGUCUUUGGCAAAAUGAACGCCAUCCGGUGGAGUUCGAUCGUCCGCCCCGGCCACCGGUGCGUCCGCCCAAGCGACCUCGUUAUUCCCGCAGUGCCGCAAUACAUCCAGCGCCUCGUGAGAAACGCGCCAAGUUUGCUUCCUGCAAUCGCACCUUGGAUAAGGAUGCCGAUACAGAUGCCGCCUGGCAGCGCGCAGCCUUGCAACAAACGAUUGAGCCACAUCUCUGUAGUGCUUCCGACAAUAAUGACAUGGCCGAAGACUAUGCUUAUGUCUGCGGGGAGCCGGAGGAUAUUCAAAUCUGUGAAGGCAUCGAGUACAGCUUCCCUACAUUCCGUCUGCGCAUGCACGAUAACAGCCAAAUCUUGCCAGGCGAGCUAGAGUCUAUGUUGCAGGCUGAGAACAGCAGCAGCGGCAAUCUGGACAGCUCGCAGCCUUCCACAACGCGGAAGCCUUCCAGCAAAAAUAAAAAGAAACCAUCCGCCAAUGAUCCCAACUACUCCAAAUGCUGGCCCGGAGACUGGCUGCCAUUGGACUGUCCGGGCGUUCGGGUCAUAGCUGUCAACUAUACGACAGAUCCCUAUCUGUGGCGUCCACUGUGGAAGACUAAAGAGCCGCGCUCCAGCCUCAUUCAGCGCUCACGCGAAAUGGCCGAACUUCUAAUGCAGCAUCGCGUUGGCCACGGACAUCCCAUCAUCUAUGUAGGCCACUCGAAAGGAGGCCUCUUCAUCAAGCAGCUGCUCGUGGAUGCUUGGGAAUGUGGACGUCCAGCCAUGAGGCCACUCUGGCAAUCGGCUCGUGGCUGUUUCUUCUACUCGGUGCCGCAUCGUGGCUCCCAUUUGGCUUCGAUUAAGGCGCCGUUGCUAUCUCGCUCCGUGGAACUGCUGGAGAUAGAAAAGAAUAACAAAUAUCUGCUGGAUUUACAUCGUCGUUUCGCCGGCCUCUAUCACUUGGGUCAUUUGAAAAUCGAGGUUUUCAGUUUUGUAGAAACAGCUCUGACGCUCAUGUCAGUGCUCUAUUUGCGUAUUGUGGGCGUGGAUUCGGCUGAUCCCGGUUUUGGUGAAGUAUGCGGCAUACGGCUGGAUCAUCGCGAGAUCUGCAAGCCCCGCAGUCGGGAUUGCAUUCUGUACAAAGAGUUGGUGAAAAUGAUAAAGAAGGUGUGCUGAGCGCACCGUCAAUAUUAGCUACAUGUACGUGUAGCAGGACCUCAAUGAAUUGGAAUCGAUAUGUGAAUAGGCUUACAACUAUAAGUUGCCCGAUAAUUAUGCGUACCUUAACCUUAUAUUGAGGAGCGCUUUUUCUUGUUAUGGUGCAUAGCAUAGCAUAGCAUACAUAGCUUUUUUUGUUAGUUGAUUCAUCACUAAUCAUUCAAGGGAAAUUUGACUUAAAAUUUAGAUCUUUGUGUUUUUGGAAUUAUUCAUGUUUUUAUUCAUGUUUGAAAUAUAGAGUUAGCCUUCGUCAGUCAUUGUCAUUGAUUAUGUCUCGGGUAUAAUUAUAUCGUCAACAGAUCCAAAUUAUAGUUUGACUGAGCGAAAGGUUUGCUUCAGAGAUUUCAUUUCAUCAGACACUCAAGAAGAUGCGUUUCAGCAUGCCAUUUAGCACGUAAACUCAUUCAUUUAUAUAUAUAUACAAAUUUAUUUGUAGGUUAUGGCAAGUUGCGCGAUUUUGUAUUGUGAUCAUUUGUUCAGUUAGUUGUGAUGUGAUCAUUAAAUAAUAGUACUGUACAGGUAUUUAGCAUAUACCAUAGCCCGGAGUAAGCUCUAUCUGGAAGGAUAUUCAUACCUUUAUACAACUUUGGAAAAUUUCAUUUGAAAUUGAUUAUGUUGUGUAUUUGUGUAAAUGGACGACACCGUUAAACGUUACCAUCGAAUCAAGCUGUAUGGGCAUUGAUAAUGAUAUUAUUAUGUCCAUUAAAUAUUUUAUACAAACCUGUUAAGUACUGAGAGUUACUAAAGAUUUACAGCUAAGAAAAUUAUAUUGUACAUAAUUACUAAUAAAAGUACGUUCAACGUUUAUAGUGAAUAAAAA